CUGUGGACUGAGGAGUGUGGACUGUACCUCCACGGCACCAGCACCACUGCACCACCACCUCACUCGUUGGCUCGUCGCAGCUCGAGAACCUCCCAAAUCUCCCUCCGAUCCGCGCGGAGAUCCUCGUGCCUCCGAGUCCGAGACUGCAGAUUGUCCCAGCUUAAGUCCUUGCAGAUUCGCCGGUUCAGUUCCGUUUGCGCUUGAAAUGUUCGUGUUUGUUGACUGGAUUGGAGUGUUUUCUUUCAGUUCCGAAUCGCCGGGUCCUAACAUUCGGGUGAGCAUGGAGGUGAUGCAUGAUACUACUAGGAAGAAGGAAGUGGUUGUCUGUUAUAUGAACGCCCCUCUACCGUACAUGAUUGAAGAGAAUUAUGGGGGAUGCUUCUGUGAAGACGAUCUUGAUCUCGCGCAGGUUCUCCAAGACCAGGAAAUAGUCUACCAAUUAAUUCAAAGAAAUGAUGGUAGUGGUUCAUCAAGAAGUCAUUCAAAUCCUAGCUCUAGUUAUAGCCAUGGACGGGCAUUGAAUGAAAGGAAACCAUCAGGAGUUGCAAGUUAUGAAGCACAGCUAGUUGUUGAUGAAGCUUUAGCUCGAGAGUUGCAACAGAUGGAGGACCAAUUAGCAAGCGCAUCAAUUGAUGACCACAUCAUAAUAGAACAUGGAAGAAAGCCAAUAGCUUCUUCAACAUCUAAUGGUGGUGGUGUUUCUGCAAGCAGACCUCCUCAAGUAGUGAUGGAGGAUGGCAUCGAUCCAGAUAAUAUGACUUAUGAGGAACUGCAACAAUUAGGGGAAGCUAUUGGUAGUGAAAGCAAAGGGUUGCCGGAAGAUGUGAUAGCACUCUUGCCUACUUCAACAUACAAAAUUAGGAUAUUUUCAAGAAAAGAAAAGCAUGAUGAAUGUGUGAUAUGCUGUAUGGCUUACAAGAACCGAGAUAGGCUGACUAAAUUGCCCUGUGAACAUCAGUACCGUCAAACUUGUGUCACCAAAUGGUUGAAGAUCAACAAGGUAUGCCCUGUCUGCAACAAGGAGGUUUUUGGGUCGUGCAAGUGAAACAUUACCUAUUCUUCGUACCAGUUCCAGCAGGCUUAAGAAGUGUUGUUGUUCAAUCGGUUCUACACUCACUAGCACGCAGCAUGGUUGCAGGAAAGGAAAUGCAUGGUAUUGCUUAAUGAUCUGAAAAUUGUCAGGAGUUACUGAAUACUGAUAAUCUCAGCAAAACUAAAAAGAUCGAUGCUUCUGUUCAGUGUUUAAGCUUUAUCGGGACCUUCAGUAACUGGGAUUCUGUUCAGUUUUCAGAUUUGGUGCUUUACAGUUUACACAGUAUUGUAUCAUAUUAUAGGAUGUAUAUGUAUACUGAAGAUUAAUUGCAUGUUAGCACUAGCUAGACAGCCUACUUUCUCUGGGAUUGCAUCUCAGUAUUGCUUGUGCGCUGCUCCCUCCAUCCCAAAAUAAUUUUAUUUUUCACCCAUAUCACACGUACCAAUA